AUGCUCGGACGUUUCAUAAAACACCCCAAAUCCACGAAUUUCGAAGAUGAUGACAGCCGACCGUCGAAGCGACUGCGACUGCAGCGACUAGACACUGACGACGCCUCAGAGACCGCCUCUGCUCCACCAUCGCCCAGGCUUGGGGCCCGAGAUCGUGGCGAUGAUGGAAGCGAUGAUGAGGAUGGAGAUACGGCAUUGCCCAUUCCCCACAAGACGGAUCUCGAGAGCGCUCUACCACCUAUCAAGACCGAUGAGGAGGCGAUUGAGGAAUACGAGGCCUUCAAAGCCUCCCAGGAUCAAGACGCUGCGAGUGCUGAAGGACGGCUGAGCACUCAGAACUGGAUCCGUGGCAAAAGCUCAAUAUACGUGGACGCUUUUAAUCUAGCUCUUGACACCGUUCUGGACGAGGAGAGCCAUCUGUUUGAUGAAGCUGAGAUGUCAAUUUUCGAGCGAUGGCGAGAGUUAGACUAUGAGGCCCAAUACUUAUACGUCCGAUUGUUCCUCCGAAAGACAGCCAGUUGGCAUCGUAUCAACUCGCUAGGUUAUCAUAGUGAUAUCUCGGACCUUGAUACCUCCAUACUAUUAUUACAACAGACCAGACCUCUACCAUCCUCCUCCUCCCAAGAACACGCAAAUCCAGGCGAAUUGGAACCACCAGCAGGGACUACACUUGGUGCUGCGUUUACCUUUGCGGAUAGGUCUGAGGAUGAGAUAAAAACACUGGAAGAAGCUUCAUCUCUGCUGAAGUUGGACGAGCUUAAGGCUCUAGCAAAAGACGCAAAAGUACAAGGGAGGAAUAAGGGCGAACUGCUGAGAGCAUUACGCCGAACAAGUCAGAAACAAGUUGGAUUGGGAUGGGUUGGCUUGAAGCGCUCCGACACGGAUUCUUCAAGGCGUUCAUCCGCGUCUGGUCUGGAUAAUGAAGCUGCCGAAGCUGAUGCAGAAGAUGAUAACAGCUCAGAGGCAAAUCGGGACUCUCAUUUUACUCGUAAGAUACUUCAAGAGACUGGGCCAUGUAUCAGACUAUCACUAGCACCGUUAAAGCUCUUUGAGAGGGUUCAUCUGGUGUUUUAUCGGUCUACGGAAUGGACUGAAAAGUCCCUGACGGCUAUUAUACUGGCUAAAAUUGCGCGGCGCAACUUUCCGGAAUUCAUUGUUUCGCGAUCAGCCAACGUAUUCUCUUCACGUGCGAGUCUGUUAGAGUUUGAAGCAUCUAUACGAACCCAGUUUCGAAUCGACAAUAUCCUCGAGUUCAACGGCAGACCUACAGAUUCAGGGCUCCGGGAGAUCUUGAAUAUCUUCGAAGAAGUCUAUCCGCGCUGGCAAGCCUUACUGAAAGAAGAGCAAAGGAAGGAGGACAGUGUCUACCAAAGUGGCGAAGGCGCCUAUCUGCGUAGACUGUCACCAGCAUGGGUCUACACCCGUAUCGUACACAAAGCUGCAUACGUCGUUGGGAAGCUCAAGCAACAUAAACGCGAGCACGAGCUUCUUUCCGAGCUUCUCGCUCAACGGUUGUUCCAUGCCUCACGUAGAGGUGCAUGGUACCAACGCAAAGCCCUACUAGAAGAACACUACAUGGCCUUGCUAACACCCGCCGAUGGUCGCAGCGACGACGCACAGAAGAAGCACUGGAGACGCAUUGCCCUCCAGACAUGCGAAGACGGACUACAAGACAACAUGGUCCACAUAAUCCACCACUACGACCUGCAAAAACGCGUCAAAAAGCUCGAGAAGGCCAUCAAGAUAGCCAAGCGUGCCCAACACGAUUUCUCCCACGUCCGCCUCGCCGCCGCCGUCGAAGUAAACAUCGAAGGCAUCCGAAUCGAAAAGGAGGACCUCCCGUCACUUAGACGGAGAAAUAGCUCACCACACCCAAACAGCAGCAAACGAGGCGCCAAAACCAUCUGGCUCGACCCACUCGAAGACAACGACGAGUGCUCUGUCGAAGCUAUGUGUCUCUCACAUUACCGCUCGCAAGGCUGGAAGGGCUAUCAUAGCGAAGGCGGCAUCGUGCGAACACUGUUUGGCUAUCUCUUCUUCGACGUGCUCUUCACGUAUGUCCCAAACGUAUUCCAGACCCCUUACCAGACAUGUCCCCUAGAUCUCCACACCGACGCCUUCUUCCCAAGUCGCAUCUCGGAAAUAAACCGCCGCCUCGUUGAAAUCGGUAAUGGCGACGCAGAAGCCCUCCUCCGUAAUGUGUGGAACGAACACCACGAGCGCAAAACCUGCGUCGUGGGUUUAGACUGGUCAUUCGAGCUCGACGACUUGAUCGAGAUCGUGCAAUGCUUUGACGGAGGUGCACUGGCCACAGUGUGUAAAGUUAUGGCACAGGAGUAUGGGCAGAGGGGCGGUGGCGUGCCUGAUUUGUUUCUGUGGCAUUCGGAAAGGAAGGAGGUGAUGUUUGCGGAGGUCAAGAGUGAGAAUGACCGGCUGAGCGAUACGCAGAGGCUUUGGAUUCAUGUGUUGACGGGCGCGGGGGUCAGGGUUGAGCUUUGUCAUGCUAUUGCGAGGGAGGUGAGGGUUGUGUAAUUUAAGAUACAGAUAAUUGGAAGGGAAAGUCAUCGUCCUGCCGUAUUCGUUGCUUUGGAUAUUGACGUUGAAAUCCUUCAAAGAUCUCAAAUGCAGGAUGGCUUAUUACCAGCGCCUGGUCCUACUGAGGCAAAGGAAUACCAAUAUUGGUAUCACAAAAAUAUACGAACUUUCAAGUCAUAUACAAUACGUUCGACUCCCAC